CUCGACAGAUCGAUCAAGUCACAUCCUUUGGUUGAUGCUCUGUGUGCCGUUGGCCAUCCUGCCGUUGUAGGGCGGCACUUGAGUGACGUGGCUGCAUGCCCCUGCGCCCCCGUGCAGGUCGGGCCGCUCCUCGAGCGCCAGCCGCUCCACCUGGUCGCCGAUGUGGUUGAGGGUGAUGAUCACGUCAGUACCCACACCCAUGUAACUCUGAACAAUCAUGCAACAUACACAGACAGACAGACAGGGAUGGAGGGAGGGAGGGAGGGGGCAGAGCGUGUCAACACACACAGUGAGACGGACAACACACACAUACACAUCAAGAUGCGUACCUGCACAGUGAGGUCGCCGCCGAAGUAUCUGGCGAAUGCGCGGCUGAGUGGGAGGCCGAAGCCGUAGCCAGCCAUGUCAGCGCGGAUGAAGUUGCCGGCGAGGUUCACUUGGUUGGCGGCACCGAAGUUAGCGUUGGAGUCGCUCACUGUCGAAUACCUGACAAUGAUGGCAUACGAGGGGAGACACACAGGGCGAGGAUGGAUGGAUGGAUGGGCCACGAGGCCCCCUGGUCCCCGGCUCACCCGAACUCCCAUAUUUUGGCGAGCUUUGCUGGUGGAAUGCCGCCGCCUGCAAUCAUCGCAUCCAUGGAAGCCAGGUAGGACUACUGUGGCUGUCACUCACUCACUCCCUCGCCCAUCCACCCUUCCCUCCCUCCCUCCGCCAAACUUACCUUUGUCUGAUAUUUUGAUGAUGACGUCUUCUUUGCCCUUGAAGACGUCAACCACCACCGGCGGCAGCUCAGACUCGUCAGUUAUCAAGGCUGGUCGAGUCGACACACAUACGACACCACACCCACAUAGACGGGUGCAUGUAUGCAUCAUGCGCAUUAGUGUGUGCGAACGCACGUGGCGGUGAGUCCUCCAGUGGUGACUGCAGCGAGUUGCCCAUGGUGUAGAACUCCACAGUGGCACGCAUGGAGUUCUUGAGGAUCUCUGCACGCAACGCAACGCACACAGGAUGACACAGGUGCGCGUCAACAGGUGUGUGUGUGUGAGAGAGAGGUAAGGGUGGAGACUGACCGAUGACGAUGAGCGAGAGGUGUUCGGGUAUGAAUGGGAAUGCCGUGUUGAUAUUCCCCCCAAUGUUGCACAGAGGCGCUAUCCCGUAGGUGUGACGGCACGACUCACGAACCUCCUCUGCUCGAUCCUGACAUACACAUACGGACCGGACCGGACACACAAGCAUGGCGCCCGUCGUCACAGCACCGUCGGAUCUCUCGUCUCAGCCCGCCCGCCUACCCUAAUGACGUCUGCAGGCUUGCACUCCAGAUUGAUGCACCCAGCCCAGCCGCUCUGUCAGACACGCACACACACACACACAUGGGCGCGGUGCGGUGCGGUGCCUGACUGGAUGGGAUGCCGUGUGUCGGUUGGUAUGUACCGUACCCUUGGGUAGUGCAGUGCGACUAAAUGGUCGAUCAUGGUCCGCCUGGAUAUGCGGAAGAGGAAGAACCGGUCGAGGAAUGCGUCGAUCUUCAGGUCGGGACACACCAUCUGCAGCUGCUUCAAACCCUGACCCAUGAAGUCGACUGCAGUGCACACACACACACACACACACGACAGACAGACAGACAGACGGACGGACAGACAGACAGAGGGAUGGGGGCAAGCCAGCUGCCUGUGUUUUCUGUGGUUCGUGCCUGUUCUGUCGUGGGCUCCUCUCUGCUCCUCCAGGAACCUGCUCGUUCACACACACACACACACACACGCCAUCGAUCCAUCCAUCCGUCCCUGUCUGUCUGCAUGGUCUCAUUCACUCACUUGAUGAAGUCGGUCUCCGCCUUUUUGCUGUCGAUGGAAGGCACUUUCAGAAGCUUGGCAAACGUCUGAAACACACACCAACCACACACAAACACACAUACUCAUUCCCGCCUGUUUGUUUUCCUGCUGCCCCCUCCCCAUCUGUAUGUAUGUACCAUGUAGUAGGUGUCGUAUGUUUGCCUGACGAAGGGGUUGCCGAUGACGAUGAAGGGCAGCCGGUGGAAAUCAUACAGACGGUGCGCCAAGCGAAUGGACAGCUGCUGACGGACCCAUUCAGCACUGACAAGACAGACAAACAGACACAACACAAUCAAUCACCUCGUACAUGCUCUUUCGUUAAUUUCUCUUGUUGUCUGUCUGUCUGUCUGUCUGUCGCUUUGGUUCCUUUCUUGGUGUGUUACUUACUUUUUGAUGAGUGCGCUAUCGCCGUAUGAGUUGGUCUGCAGCAGUGCCUGCAUGGUCAUGGGCUGGAUGGCCGUCCGGUGCGCGUAGCUCUCGAUGGCCCCUAUCCGCUGCCACAGCUUGUCCAGGUUGCAAAACAUGCCCUCCCCACCACCCGCAGCGCUCAGCCCCAGAGCACGCUUCCCCGCCGACAUGGCAGCGUUGGUGGACACGAUGCUUGACAUGGAUAAGUAAGAAAUGGGAAGACCAGGUGUCGAACGCCUCUCUCUAGAGGUGGGGAAAGGACUUGGCACGAGGACUGCCGUUCACACACACACAUCGAUAGAACAUUGACAACUCUUCUGUCCAUUUCACAGCUCUUCUGCCUGCGUGGCUGUCCACACGCACACCUACCUGCACAGGUCGGCUGGACCGAGUUGUGCCGCUUCACGACUCUAUUCGCCGAGGGAAAUCAUUGUUUGCAUCAUCUGUGAGAACACAGCUGCUGGGAGAGUAAAUUCUAAGCUCGCAGAAGUCGGAAAGCUCGCAAAGUUGGGAGUGCUGCAAGCCGCUCCUGCUCCUCACUAAGGUCCCCAU